GAAUCAAAGCUAGCAAUGUUUGGAAGCUGGAAGGCUGGACGAAGAAAAGCAUUCUUUGGUGCCAUCUUUAGAGCUGUUGGAAAAAUCAAUAUAAUAGCGGAAGACUUGGGAGUGAUUACUGAGGGUGUUGUUCAGCUAAGAAAAGCUAUUGGGGCUCCUGGAAUGGCAGUUCUCCAGUUUGCUUCUGGAAGUGGCUCAGACACUCACUUGCCUCGUAAUCAUGAGCAAGAUCAAGUUGUAUACACCGGAACCCAUGAUAAUGACACGAUUCUUGGUUGGUGGGAAAAUUUGGAGGAGGAAGAGAAGUGUAAUGUCCAAACUUUCUUCAGGAUCGCCAAUGAAACCAUCUCAUGGGCAUUAAUUCAUGCUGCAAUCUCUUCGGUUGCCCCUACUGCUAUCAUACCCAUGCAAGACAUCCUUGGUCUGGGAAGCUCUGCUCGGAUGAACGUUCCAGCAACACAGGUGAAAGAAGCAUCUUACACUCGGUUGUGUGGAACGAAGAAGAUGAUGACGGUCAACGGGCAGUUUCCUGGACCUACUUUAUAUGCUAACAGAGGAGAUGAGUUGGUGAUCACGGUCUUCAAUUAUGCACAAGAGAAUGUAACCUUACACUGGCAUGGAGUAAGGCAACCAAGGAAUCCAUGGUCGGAUGGCCCCGAACACGUCACCCAAUGCCCGAUCCAGCCCGGAUCCUCCUUCAUCUACACCGUCACCUUCACCGACGAGGAAGGAACGCUUUGGUGGCACGCCCACAGUGACUACACUCGAGCCACCGUUCACGGGGCCAUCGUCAUCUAUCCCAGACGUGGGACCUCCUACCCCUUCCCAAGUCCCAGCGAAGAAGUCAUCUUAAUACUCGGAGAGUGGUGGAAGAGGGACGCGAAUGCAGUGCUUGAGACGGCUCGUGAAACCGGAGCAGACCCCUAUCCGUCGGAUGCGUUCAUCAUUAAUGGACAACCCGGUGAUUUCUACCCUUGCUCCAAACCAGAAGGCCCUUGUACUACUUUAAUUUUACAGCGGAGUACCAGCCGUUCGCGCUUUCGAAGUCGAGGUUGGCGACUGAGGUUAGGAUUUUGGAGUAUGGGACGACGGUGGAGAUGGUGUUCCAGGGCACGUCACUGGUGACGGCUGAGAACCAUCCCAUGCACCUCCAUGGCCAGAGCUUUUACGUGGUGGGGUGGGGAUUUGGGAAUUUUAACGAAGAGAAGGAUCCAUUAGGAUAUAACUUGGAGGACCCUCCGCUGAAGAAUACAUUUGGAGUUCCAACGAAUGGAUGGCUGGCCGUCAGGUUUACAGCUUAUAAUCCUGGGGUGUGGUUAUUGCAUUGCCAUUUGGAGCGCCAUCUCAUCUCGGGAAUGGACACUGUGUUCAUAGUAAAAGAUGGUGUAGCCCUAGGGGAAAAGCUGCUGCCUCCACCUCCUCAUAUGCCUCCAUGUUAAAUCCUAAUUGAAAGCACACUCGGAUCCAGAUUUGUUCUUGAGACAAAUUUGUUAUGGAUUCCUCAGUUUUAUCUAUGCGAUGCUACAUUGUGUCUUUAUCAAAAAAAAAUAAAAAUAAAAAACAGUACAUUGUGUGUAUUAUAUAUUGAAAAAAAGGAAUGUUUGUAUUCGAUGUUGACUGUGAAAGUUUUAAAAAAAUAAUAUUUGAAGAAUAAUUCCUAUUA